CCAGUUUAAGGAACGUGGCCUCAUCCCUCUACGCUUUUGUUCUAAUCUCAAAAUUCCCACGAGAAACGCGCACCCAAGUGGAGAUCGGGGUUAGUCGUUGUUUCCGCUUUCCAAGCUCGGAAUCGGAGCAGCUCUGCAAAAGGGGCGAGCAGAUUUCUGUGCGCAAAGGAGCGCGCAAGCAUGGACACUCCUGGGAAAACUAUAAAAUGCAAGGCUGCUGUCGCCUGGGCAGUAGGGAAGCCGCUUUCUAUUGAAGAGGUGGAAGUUGCCCCUCCAAACGCUCACGAAGUUCGUGUUAAGGUAAUAGCCACAGGGAUAUGUGGAACUGACGACCAUGUUCUGACAGGCUCUUUUCCUAAAGUCAAUUAUCCUGUCAUUCCUGGACACGAAGGAGCUGGAAUUGUAGAGAGCAUAGGUGAAGGAGUGACUUGCGUGAAGCCAGGAGACAAAGUUAUCCCUCUUUGUCUGCCUCAGUGCGGAGAAUGCGCCUCAUGCUUGAAACCUAACACCAACUGUUGCCUAAAAACCCACCUUCUUGAGCCACAGAAUCUAAUGCCAGACAAAACCAGCCGAUUCACCUGCCAGGGGAAGUUAGUUCACCACUUCCUUUGGAUCAGCACUUUCUCAGAAUAUACAGUCAUGCCUGACUCAACCGUUGUUAAAAUUGAUGAUGAUGCCCCUCUGGAUAAAGUCUGUCUUUUCGGCUGUGGAUUUUCCACCGGCUAUGGGGCUGCCCUCAAUACAGCCCAGGUCACACCAGGUUCCUCCUGUGCUGUCUUUGGUUUGGGAGGAGUUGGUCUUUCUGUGGUCAUGGGAUGCAAAGCAGCUGGAGCUUCGCAGAUCAUUGGGAUCGACAUUAACAAAGACAAAUUUGUAACAGCGAAAGAACUGGGAGCCACCGAGUGCCUUAACCCUCUGGAUUACAAGAAGCCAAUUCAGGAAGUGCUGGUUGAAAUGACAGGUCAUGGUGUUGACUAUGCAUUUGAGGUUGUUGGGUGUUUGGAUACGUUGACAGCUGCUCUAGCGUCCUGUCACAUGGGCUGCGGAGUCUGCGUGAUGGUUGGUGUGCCUCCUUUAGGCUCUAGGCUCUCCUUCGAUCCUAUGCUGCUUUUUACAGGACGCACCUUGAAAGGGAGCUUCAUUGGAGGAUGGAAGAUGAAAGAUUCUAUCCCUCAGCUGGUAUCCAGUUACAUGGAGGAGAAAUUUAAGCCAGAUAUUUUAAUAACCCACACCUUGCCAUUCAGCAAGAUCAGCGAAGGAUUUGAUUUGCUUCAUGCAGGGAAGAGGACAAUGUGGCUAAGCCACACCUGGGCAUUGCAAGACCUACUUCAGUAAAGCCCUGGCCUCAACCCACCCAUGUAGACCAGAAACCCUUUUGGGGAAGGCUUAUACCACUAGAGCCAUAAAGCUGGAAGGGGUCCGGGAGAUGCUCUAUUGACCACCAAGGGAGGCAUACAAGGUUUGUCCUGCUCUAGUGAUUGCAACAACUUUGUGAGAUAGACCCAGGAAUACUGACUGACCCAAAGCGACCCAAAGUCAGAAUUAGAAUGUGAACCUAGAAAUCUUCAUCAUAGUCUGAUGCCAAACCAGCACUCUAAAGUCUCAGUUUCUUGUUGUCAAAUGAGGCUCACCAGCUCUGACCCAGACGGGAACGUUCUGCAGCAGCAAAGUAAUGCUGGCAUAACCCCACCAGCAAUGGCCUUGGCAGUGGGCAAAAGGGUGGUAUCUGUCUGUGUCAGGAGACAGUGGAAGAGUGCACCUUUGGGGGUGAAGUCAAAUUGUUGGAAGGUGACAACACCUGCUGUGGCUGUAGAGACAUGUUUAGUUGCAGCAGGGGUAGAUGAAGGCAUCCAGUAGCUGUGCUGCUGCUGCUGCACUGUGGUGUUUCUUCUCUCUGUGCUCCUCCCAGAGCUCAUUCCUCCUCUGGACAUUGCUGUGGAUACACAACAUGACUGCCUUGUCUACAGGCCUUGCUUUCAUCUGCAAGGGAUUCCCACAUGGGGUAGAUGUUGCCAGCCUUCAUGUCACGUCUGCAGACAUUUAUGUAACGCAGAGUUCACCUGCCAAUGGGCCUAAUGCCUGAAGCCCAUAGAGCACGUCCUUGGGGAUCCAGCCCUCUUCCAUUCUGUGGACAUGGUCAAGCCAGCAUAGAUGUCGCUGAGACAAGAGUGCAGACAUGCUGGGAAUGUGGGCUUGGGGGAGCACAUCUUUCUUUGAAACGCUGUCCUUGCAUGUGGUACCCAAAAUCCAGGAAUGCUGGUGGCGCUGUGGUCUAAACCACUGAGCCUCUUGGGCUUGCCAAUCUGAAGGUUGGCGGUUUAAAUCCGCGCUACGGGGUGAGCUCCCGUUGCUCUGUCCCAACUCCUGCCAACCUAGCCCGUUCGAAAGCAUACCAGUGCAAGUAGAUAAAUAGGUACCGCUGCAGAGGGAAGGUAAAUGGCGUUUCCGUGUGCUCUGGUUUCCGUCACGGUGUUCCUUUUCACCAGAAGCGGUUUUGACAUUCUGGCCACAUGACCCAGAAAGCUGUCUGUGGACAAACGCCGGCUCCUUCAGCCUGAAAGUGAGAUGAGUGCCACAACCCCAUAGUUGCCUUUGACUGGACUUAACCGUCCAGUGGUCCUUUACCUUUACCUUUUUACCCCAAAUCCUCAUGACACAGUACAUGUGGAAGGCAUUGAGAGGCUGCUGCUGAUGGUUGUAAGAUAUGGCUCACUUACAUAAAGCAGCGUGCUUGACACACAAGCCUGGUAGACCUUCAUCUUGGUAUCCCAAUUUAUCCCCCACCCCACUUGGUGCAAAGGGGAUUUGGAUUGCUGUAUACCACAAACAAAUGUAAAAAAUUAUGUGGUGUAUAAAAACUCAGUAAGCUUAUCUUGGGGUAACUGCAGCUAUCUAAUGUGCCAGUUCUCUGUCGCAUGUGGCCACAUAACGGGAUGAGAUUUGCCACCUCGCCAAAAUGCUGUUGGAUACUAAAUACUGCUUAGAAGCAGACUGUAAGAACGGCAGGCAUGUUUCUCUCCCUCUCCUCAGCUCCUAGUUGCCAGCAACAUCUGUCAGCAGUAUGUUGAACAAAAAAUUAAUGACCACAUGAGGGUCCAAAAAUAAACUCUGCUUCAUUGCUUUUUCAGCAAAAGGAUUUGCAAAGUUAACUCUACUUUUUCC